AUGAGCAUCUCCUGGCUAAUUCGAGUGACAUUGAUCUUCGGGUCGAUCGGGUGCGGGAUCGCGAGUUUCACCGCCCAGUGCUUCACCACUCGCUUCAACCAGGCAAUUUCGAAUGCAGACCCGGUUGCUGAACUUUUUGAGCUGAAACUUCAGGACUGCCUAAACUACUGUAUUCUGAAUGCUGCAAAAGCGGGGGACGGAUGCUCCUCGGUCGUCUAUCACAAAGAGUACAACACCUGUCAGAUUUACGGCCAGGAUGGGACGAUGGGAGGUUCACAAAUCGUCGCAGCUCAAAAUCACGACUAUUACAACAGGACAAGCUUUAUUGGGGCGUGCCAGGAUCGAGUGGUUCCAAGACGCGGCUAUCAGCAGCGUCCUCGACAGUACAGCGUACGGACGGUAAAUGAACCUUUCCCCGGCCCACCAAGCGUACUCGUCAGUUCAAAAGACUCCUCCGAACAAUCGAAAGAGGAAAGUGUCGUGGUUGAAAGUAUCGAUCGUCAACUUCCAGUUGUGGAUUCCGAAGCUGAAGCCGUCGAAGCGCUACGUCUGAAGCAUUUGGCCGAUAUUUUGGACGCGGAUGAGGAGACUCCUGCAGAGGCUACAGUAACUUUCUACAAUCCAGUGAUGACUAACGUUUGCACAAAGCGAGAGGUUGUUUCCUAUUUUGUGCUCUUCGGGCGAUCGCUGUCUGCUAAAGUGCGACCCGCCAAACUUCGCGGGGUCGACCAGAGCAGUUGUAUUAUGUACUGCUCACAGAAUAUUAACGCUACCGGUUCAAAAUCCCCUUGCUACGCCGCGAAUUACGACCCCGCUAGAGAAGAGUGCCGCCUCUACGGCCGAGAAGCAAAGUGGGACCGCCAUUCGGCCAGAUUGGCUGAAGACCCGAACAUCAUUUUUGCGGAUAAAUUCUGUAUGCAAACCCAAAAAGAUUGCUCAGCCGAUUCGCCCUACGUCGUCUACCUUCACAAGCAGAUGACCAAGAAGAUAAUUUCGCACUAUCCCGACGUUCAUUCUAUCGUUGCUUGCAUGGCGUUAUGUAUUGACCAUGGGCAUUGUAAGGCAGUCACGUAUAAAGAGGGAGGUCUCUGCAUCCUGCACGCCGGCUCGCCAGCCCUUGACCCGAAGCUUAUCGUCGACGGAUCUUCGCAAACUAUGGUAGUCGAGAAUGGGUGCCAGACGAGUGCGAGAGCAGUGCCGAGCUUAUUGUCGGGGAGAAUGGAACGCAUGGAACCAGCCCAAGAAACCCCUGAAGCCGAGGCUUCCGAAUGGGGCGAGUGGUCGGGGUGCCAAUUCGGGUCCCGCAGCGCCAGACUACGCUCCAGAACCCGCGAAUGUUACUCGGACAACUGUGACGAUCUCCAGAUGGAGGCUUGUAAACCUGGAGAAUAU